CUCUUCCACGACUACCACCCCAUGGUGCGGCCCGUCAGGGACAUGCGUGCCCCCGUUAACGUCACCAUCGAUUACGAACUCUACUGCGUGGCAUCCAUUGUGAGUUUAGGUCCCUCUGUUUUUACUCUCUAUGCUUUUCAUAGGAACAGAUGGAUUGAUGAGUAUUUGAAAUGGAACGAGAGUGAGCACGGUAACAUCAAAUCCAUCGUCACGAGGGCCUCACAAAUCUGGACGCCUGACAUCACCGUCCGAAAUGGGCUUCUAGACAUGAAUGAAGAUAGUUCGACCCAGGAAGUGAGUGUGACCUCUCAGGGGGAGGUCAACAUGAACAUCUUCAGAGUGAUGACGACAUUUUGUGACCUGGAUUUAAAAUACUUUCCAUUCGACAAACAAACAUGCUACAUCUCGGCAAACAUCUGGUCCUAUACAACGGACCAGGUUUCACGCACCACACACACACACACGCACACACACACACGCACGCACGCACACACACACACACAUACACACACUCAAACACACACACACACAUACACACACUCAAACACACACACACAAGAAAUCGCACCAUCAUCAGGAUUCAUAACGCUCAUCGUGAACUUCAAAAUCCACCUAGCCAGGAACCCGCAAUUCUAUCUUACUUACUUUUUAUUUUCCUGUGUCGUGUCAGCCUCAGUUUCCACUUUCGUCUUCCUAAUGCCCUCCGAUUCCCAGCAGAUGGUUGAUUUCGGCGUGACAAUCAUGCUGUCCUUCAAUUUCUUCCUCAAUUCCAUGUACUUCAUUCUGCCGCAAACUGGAGAUUACAUCCCUUGUUUGACGAUGUACGUCAUUUUUGUGAUGUUCGUGUCAUUCUUCUUCCUCUUCUUCACAAUAACGAACCUGAUGCUGUACUAUCACCAAGAAGACGACCCACCACCAUCAUGGCUCCAACACAUUGUCCUCGAUAAACUGGCCUGGUUCAUC